CUCGUCGUCUCCUCUCCAGCGCUCCUCCUUCGUCCCUCGAAACCCUAACCCUAAUUAGGUUUACAGCCAUGUCUAAGCGCAAGUUCGGUUUCGAGGGCUUCGGCAUCAACCGCCCAUCCACGUACUCCUUCGAGCGCUCCCAGGCCCCUCAGCGCCUCUACGCCCCCUCCCACGACCUCUCCGACGACCAAGACCUCGACGACAUCGCCUACGACAACCCCGACCCUGCCCCUUCCGCUCCAGAUGGCGAUGGAGAGAUCGAUCCCCUUGACGCCUUCAUGGAGGGCAUCCACGAGGAGAUCCGCGCGCCACCUCCCCCCUCUGUUCAACCUAAGGAAAAGGGUGAGAGGUUUAAGGAUGAGGACGAGGACGACCCUGUUGAGAGCUUUCUGAGAUCUAAGAAAGACGUUGGCUUGGCCUUGGCUUCAGAGGCCUUGCACGCGGGGUAUAAUUCGGAUGAGGAGGUCUAUGCUGCUGCCAAGGCUGUGGAUGCUGGAUUGGUUGAGUAUGAUUCGGAUGACAACCCAAUUGUCGUUGAUAAGCGGAAGAUUGAGCCGAUCCUGGCUCUGGAUCAUAGUGCCAUUGAAUAUGAACCCUUUAAUAAGGAUUUCUAUGAAGAAAAGCCCUCAAUUUCUGGAAUGACUGAGCAGGAUGUCGCUGAAUAUCGGAAAAGCUUAGCUAUACGUGUUUCUGGUUUUGAUGUGCCAAAACCAAUCAAACUUUUUGAAGAUUGUGGGUUUUCCCCAGCAUUGAUGAAUGCAAUAAAAAAGCAAGGUUAUGAAAAGCCGACGACAAUUCAAUGCCAGGCUCUGCCCAUUAUUCUUUCAGGAAGAGAUAUUAUUGGCAUUGCAAAAACUGGAUCUGGCAAGACUGCAGCUUUUGUACUUCCUAUGAUUGUGCAUAUCAUGGAUCAGCCUGAACUUGAGAAAGAAGAAGGUCCAAUUGGUGUCAUAUGUGCUCCCACAAGAGAGUUGGCUCAUCAAAUCUAUCUAGAAGCGAAGAAGUUUUCUAAGAAUGAUGGAAUUAGGGUUGCUGCAGUGUAUGGUGGGAUGUCUAAACUUGACCAAUUGAAAGAGCUGAAGACAGGCUGUGAGAUAGUUGUUGCUACCCCUGGGAGACUAAUUGAUAUGCUGAAGAUGAAGGCGGUAACAAUGACAAGGGCAACUUAUUUAGUUCUUGAUGAAGCUGAUAGGAUGUUUGAUCUCGGGUUUGAGCCACAGAUACGAUCUAUUGUUGGGCAGAUUAGGCCAGACCGACAGACUUUACUUUUCUCUGCAACCAUGCCUUACAAAGUUGAACGACUUGCCAGAGAAAUUCUGGGAGAUCCCAUCAGAGUUACAGUUGGUGAGGUUGGAAGGGCCAAUGAGGACAUCACUCAAGUCAUUAAUGUGCUUCCUUCUGAUGCUGAGAAGAUGCCUUGGCUUCUCGAGAAGUUGCCUGAGAUGAUUGAUGAUGGGGAUGUCCUUGUGUUUGCAUCAAAAAAGGCUACAGUGGAUGAUAUAGAAAGCAAGUUGAUUGAAAGAAAUUUUAAAGUUGCAGCUUUGCAUGGUGACAAAGACCAGGCAUCUAGAAUGGACAUAUUGCAAAAGUUCAAAUCUGGAAUCUACCAUGUUCUUGUUGCAACUGAUGUUGCUGCACGAGGACUUGAUAUCAAGUCAAUCAAAUCUGUUGUUAACUUUGAUAUAGCAAGAGAUAUGGAUAUGCAUGUCCACCGUAUAGGAAGAACAGGCCGUGCUGGAGAUAAAGAUGGGACUGCCUACACACUUAUCACACAAAAAGAAGCUCGAUUUGCUGGUGAGCUGGUUAACAGCUUGGUUGCUGCUGGGCAAAAUGUGUCGAGUGAGCUGAUGGAUCUUGCUAUGAAGGAUGGAAGGUUUAAAUCUAAGCGGGAUGCAAGAAAAGGUUCUGGUGGGAAAAAAGGUAGCGGGAGAGGUAAAGGUGGAGGUGGAGGUGGAGGUGGAGGUGGAGGUGGGCGAGGCGUUCGUGGUGUUGACUAUGGUAUGGGUAUUGGUUAUAAUCCUGGGCCAAGUAAUACGACAUCUCCAUCUGUUCCAAGUCGAUCAGCUACUGUUAAUUCAUUAAAAACUGGGAUGAUGGCACAGUUCAAAAGCAAUUUUGUUUCUGCCUCAUCUAGUUCCCAAAGUGAUUCUAGGAAUCAGGCAAGUAACUCUAGGCCAGUUCUAAAGGGUUUUGUUUCUGGUGGAUCUAUUGGUGGUGACACAUACAAGGCGCAGCCAGCACCUUCUUUUUCCUCUGGGCCGCCAGCAGGAAACACCAGGGACAAUGAAAAUCAGAGAAUUCCUGAAAGUUCCAGGGAUAGACCACGGGAAAGAAAACGGCCAUCAGGAUGGGAUCGUUAGUUUUCUCACCUAAUUGUAUGAAAACAAGUUCUCAACUUUUGUUCGGGUAGAUUUUGUGUUGUCUGAUUCAUGUAAAUUGGUGAGAUUUCUGCAAUUUAUAGCUUCUUGAUGAUAUUUCACAAUUCCUUUUUCCUUUAUUCAUAUUGUACACCCAGUUAGAUACUAAUCUCUUGACGCAUUAGGAAGGGAUGAAAAUCUAGUUUAGAUAUUCCCUCAAUUUGAAGUAGAGCGGUCCAUUUUUUAUUUUUAUUUUUAUUUUGUUGCUUGUCUCUUUUCUUGGUCUGAGUACAAGGAAAAAAUUGUUUCGCUUA